AUGUCCAGGUCAACAUUCAUGUGGCUGGUGGACGCCCUCCAGGAUAGACUGCAGCAACAGCAAACGGUGAUGCGCGCACCCGUGUCAGUGGAGGAACGCGUCGCGGUCGGAGUGUGGUGGAUGGCCAACAUCCAGUCCUACAGAACCAUUGGACAGCAGUUCGGUCUUGCGCGGUCCACCGUGGCCGCCAUAGUGAUGGAGGUUGCACGGGCCAUCGCAGAGGAGCUCCACCGGAGAGUGGUGUACCUAUGGAACACAGACAGGGUAAUGAGGGCCUUCGCCGCCAAGGGUUUCCCCCAGUGCAUCGGAGCAAUGGAUGGGUGCCACAUCCGUGUGCGAGUACCUGUCCACCUGGCCCAGUUCUAUGUGAACUGCAAGAACUACACCUCAGUACUCCUGCAGGGUACCGUCGAUAAUGUGGGUCGUUUCGUGGACAUAGUUGUUGGGCAAAGUGGCCAAAGUCAGGACGCGCACGUCCUGGUGCGGUCGAGCAUCUCGGCCAGGAUGGAGACAGGACUCUACGUGCCUGGUAACCCCACCCGCACAAUCGAGGGGGUCCCGGUGCCGCCACUCAUACUGGCGGAUGCAGCAUACCCACUGCGACGUUGGCUCAUCCCUCCCUACAAAGGCCACCUCAAUGCACAGCAGGCACACUUCAACAAGGUGCAUGGCAGGGCACGCAAUGUGGUCGAUCGUGCCUUUGGCCGCCUAAAGGCACGGUGGCGGUGCCUGCUACUGCAGAUGCCAGUGGAGCUGAGGAAUGUCAAGCCAGUGGUUGCUGCCUGUUGCAUUCUGCCCAAUGUGUGCGAGGACCGUGGCCAUGCGGUCCCAGAAGUGUUCACCGAGGAGGAACGAAGGGCACUUGCAGACGCAGAGGCGGCCCCCCUGGACCCGGACCCACAGAUGCCAGACGCUGCAGGCGAGGCGGUGCGUGAGGCCUUGAACGCAUGGUUGUGGAGGCGAGCCAGGAGACACUAG